CGCGCUGGCACACAAACGCGCCAUAGACUACCCAUUGGUGGCUUCAUCGGACUCAUUAAUAGCGCAUAGUUCGACCACAGAGCCCACGUAACGUGAGCGUGCCGCGAAUCACUGCAACAAGACCACCUUGCUGCACCACAGCCCUGCUGGCGGCAAAAUGCGACGCACACUCGUGCUCUGCGCGUGUGCACAGGCGCUCGUACCGACGACAAGACUGUCGCAGCGCCGCCGAACAAAGUUGCGAGCAUUCGAGGCAAUUGAUGCAGCACACGGGCUCAUACAGCACCUGCACCACGUUGAUGCGCACGCGACGCUCGCCGACGCGGCGCGCGCGGCGCAAAGCGCACUGGCGACGCACGCCGAACUGCCAACAGCCCUCCAAGCCGCCUCCGACGUGAGCGGCCUAGAUGCGGAGCGCGCGAUCGACGCGUUGGGCAGGGACAUCUUCGCCUUCCUCGCCGCGAGUGUAUUAGUUGUGCCGGCAUCAAGACUAGUAGGGGCGCCGCCGGUGCUGGGCUUCCUGGCGAUUGGGUGUAUUCUGGGCCCGCACGGGCUCGGCGUUUUUGGGGACGUCGAGGCCGACGUGGCAUUGGGGGACUUUGGCAUUCUGUUCCUUCUGUUCAACGAGGGCCUGAACCUUUCGCCCGAGAGAUUGAGGAAGCUGGGGGAGUUCUUGAGGUUAGGAUUAGCGCAGUUCAUCCUCACGGUCGCGGUGUUCUUCUUCUUCAGCUUCUACCUGGGCCCUGAAUUGGUCCCAAUUGUAGAUAAAGCGGCGUCGUCGAUCGGCAUCCCUAUAGAUGAUGCCCUGCUGAAGACCAUCGAGGCGACGCCCGUCGCGGCGUUCUGCGUGGCCGCGGCGGGGUCGCUGUCGUCGUCGGCUCUAGCUCUACCGGUGCUGGAAGCAAGAGGCUGGAAGGACCUGCCCGAAGGCGCCGCGGCUCUCAGUAUAUUACUGCUGCAGGACCUGGCCGUGGCGCCGAUCCUCGUCGCGCUACCCUUGGUGGCGGGCGGCGGCUCGGCCGUCGCCGACGGCGACAUCGCGUUACUCGCCUUCAAGGCCACCGUGGGCUGCUGCGCCGUGUUAUUUCUGGGGUCUCGGGUAUUAAGGGUGGCCUUCGACGCCGUCGCCGCGGCGCGGUCCACGGAAACGUUUGUGGCCGCCACUUUAUUAGUAGCGAUCGGCAUGGGCCGGCUCGCCGAGGCUAUUGGAUUAUCAGCAACAACAGGAGCCUUCGCCGCGGGCGUUUUAUUAGCAGGCAAUAGGUACCGGGCGCAGAUCCAGGCCGACAUCCGACCUUUUGAAGGCAUCUUGUUGGGGGUCUUCUUCAUGGCGGCCGGGGCGGGCUUCGAUCCGGGUUUGGUGGCGCAGGAGCUGCCGACCUUAACUUUAGGUGUGGUCGCGUUCCUGGCCGUGAAGUGCGCCGUGCUCUUCGCGUCGGGCCCGGCGUUUGGAUUGGACGUGCCGCGGGCGGCGCGCGUCGCGGUGCUAUUGUCGCCGGGCGGCGAGUUCGCCUUCAUCAUCUUUAAACUCGCCGAAGAUUUGGGCGUGCUCUCGUCGCGGACGUCCGACUUAUUGACGACGUCGGUGAUCCUGUCCAUGGCUUUGUCUCCCUUAUUCGCGGAGUUCGCGCAGUACGCGGGCGACGAAUUGGACCGCCAGGUCGGCGAGGGCCGCAUACCUUUGACUACUGAUGGUGAUGUCGAGGACGAGGUCUCGGCGAUCUUCAAACGAGUAGACACGGACGGCGACGGCACGAUUGAUCUGGACGAACUUAGAGUUUAUGUAUCUCGACGCGGAUUCCCGGCGGCCCAAGCGGACCGGGCCUUCGACGCGCUGGACGACAACGGCGACGGCGUGCUGAGUCUCGAGGAGUGGCGUGCCGGUCUUGAAAAAGAGGAGUUAAGGCAAUUACUGAGACCGGAGACGGACGACGCGCUGCAAGAUGCGGUCGUCGUGUGCGGCUACGGGCCCGUCGGGCGGGCCGCGUGCGCCGCGAUUAGCGGCCACGCGCCGGUCGUCGCUGUUGAUUUAGAUCCGGCGCGCGUCGCGGACGGCGUCGUCGACGACGCCGCGAACGUGGUCUACGGCGACGGCGCGUCGGCGACGGUCCUCAAGGCAGCCGGGGUGACGGAGCCGCGAGCCAUCGUCGUGGCCUACGCCGGCGCCGACCGGCGCGCGGAGGCCGUCGCGCGGCUGCGGGAGUCGUUCCCGGACGCGCCCAUCAUUGCCAGGGCGGGCGGCGGGCCGCUGGCUUCGGAAGGCAGAGAGCUCGAGAAGAGCGGCGCGGCCGUCGUGCACGAGGCGACGCAGAUGGGUUUGGGGCUGGCGGAGCAGGUUAUUGGAGAAAGCUUGGAUCGGGCCGCGGCGGAGAGCGCCGUGUACAAGGCCGACGCGCGGCGGCCGCGCGCCGUGUCGGGCCCGAGCCGGCCCUUCCGGCUGAAGCUCGGCCUGCCGGCGCCGCCGGAGGCCUCCGGCGGCGGUUGGCGGCCGCUCGGGCGGUCGCUGCGCCGGCGCUGGGCGCGCUGGCGCUCCUCGGCGGAGUCGGAUGAUAGUGAUAGUGUGUAA